AAUACCUUAUUCAAGAUGGCGCCCAUCAAACUGUCAAAAAGCGCGCGCUUCCUGCUUCCAUCAGCCCUCAGGUUGUUGACGUUUGAACUUUUCUUAUUACAUUUAUGUAAACGAGCAUACCCAGAGUGGAGCCUGUUCUAUAUACAAUGUGGAUGGAAUAUAAAAACGCAUCGAGAUCAGAUGAAGCAAUCAGUAGACAUCGAUAUUGCGAAGAUGAGAGUUCUGAUCGUUUCCGCCUUCCUCGCCUGCGCUUCAGCGGCGCCUUCCGUCUUAAACUUUGUACCCUAUACGGCUUUCCCACUUACACCUGGGUCACCAUAUGCAGCCCUCUCUGUCGCACCAGUGCCGGUGGCGCCAAUAGUUGCACCAGAAGUGCCAGCUGGUGACAUUCAGGCUGCUGCUAUAGAUGCCCAGGUUAAAGCCGCCGAUGAAGCCCAAGCUCGCGCCGACAAAGCAAGAGAACUACAAGAACAAGCCGCCGAGAACAUAGAUGAAGGAGUUGCUGAAGCCAACGACAUCACCAAAGAGAAAUCCGAAGAAGCCUUUUGGGCUUCUGAGGAGAUGAAAAAUCAAGCUUUAAACGAAGCGCAAAUCGCUGAAGCAAGGUUAGCUGCCGAAGCCGCUAAGGAAAUCGCUAUGCCUGAAUCAGCUGAAGAGAAAUCAGAAAUCAAAAGCGAAGCCACUGAAGCUAAAACUGAAGAAAAGAUGGAAUUGAAAGCCGAAGAAGCCGAAAAGCCAGUCGAAGCUGAAAUGAAAGAAGCGGAAAAGAAGGAUGAUGCUGUUGAAGUAAAAGCCGCAGCUCCUGAAGCGCCUAAGCCUGGAAAUCCUUUCGGGGUUUACAAUUCAAUAUUCCCAGCUCCUAUUCCUGUCGCUCCAGGCCUCAACUUCCAGCCAUACGUUGCUCCGAUAUCCUACCAAGCUGCAUACAGAACUCCGUUCCCUGUAGCCACGUUUCCGCAUAUCUACCAACCCGCGAUAGCUAUUAAGCACGCGUGGUAAUAUGAUAACAUUAAAAGACUAAUAAAUCGUAAUUAAAGUUA